GGCGGCCGCCAUGUUGUGGAGCGGCGGGGCCGGCGGGUGCUGACGGAGGAGGCGGAGCUGGGCCGGGCCGGGCCGGCUGGUGGCACCGGCACCGGGCACACUAGUUACUGCUUGGACUUCACAAACAUAAAUUCCUGAGCCGGCUGAUCUCUCCAGCCACUUCCACCAUGGAUCAGGACUAUGAGAGACGUCUCCUACGCCAAAUCAACAUACAGAACGAGAACACAAUGCCUUGUGUAGCAGAGAUGAGAAGAACCUUGACACCUUCCAAUUCUCCAAUGUCUUCUCCUAGUAAGCAUGGUGACAGAUUCAUUCCCUCAAGAGCUGGGGCCAACUGGAGCAUCAACUUCCACAGAAUAAAUGAAAAUGAAAAAUCACCAAGCCAAAACAGAAAAGCAAAGGAUGCUACAUCAGACACUGGCAAAGAUGGCCUUGCCUACUCUGCCUUGCUGAAGAAUGAACUCUUGGGAGCAGGGAUCGAGAAGGUGCAGGACCCCCAGACAGAGGACAGGAGACUGCAGCCAUCCACCCCAGAGAAGAAAUCUCUCUUCACUUACUCACUCAGCACAAAACGCUCCAGCCCGGAUGAUGGCAAUGAGGUCUCACCCUAUUCCCUGUCUCCUGUCAGCAACAAAAGUCAGAAGCUGCUAAGAUCACCUCGAAAACCAACUCGGAAAAUCUCCAAGAUUCCUUUCAAAGUGCUGGAUGCCCCAGAGCUGCAGGAUGACUUCUACCUGAACCUGGUGGACUGGUCCUCUCUUAAUGUCCUCAGCGUUGGCCUUGGGACUUGUGUUUACCUGUGGAGUGCUUGUACGAGUCAGGUAACGCGGCUGUGUGACCUCUCUGUGGAAGGCGAUUCCGUGACAUCCGUGGGCUGGUCAGAGCGGGGAAACUUGGUGGCCGUUGGCACUCACAAGGGCUUUGUACAGAUCUGGGAUGCAGCUGCAGGAAAGAAGCUCUCCAUGCUGGAGGGACACACAGCCAGAGUUGGUGCCCUGGCGUGGAACGCGGACCAGCUGUCGUCCGGGAGCCGGGACAGGAUGAUCCUGCAGCGCGACAUCCGCACCCCGCCCCUGCAGUCGGAGCGCCGGCUCCAGGGACACAGGCAGGAGGUCUGUGGGCUCAAAUGGUCCACGGACCACCAGCUCCUGGCCUCUGGAGGGAACGAUAAUAAGCUCCUUGUCUGGAAUCACUCCAGCCUGAGUCCCGUCCAGCAAUACACAGAGCACCUGGCAGCAGUCAAAGCCAUCGCCUGGUCCCCACACCAGCACGGGCUGCUGGCCUCGGGCGGGGGCACAGCCGACCGCUGCAUCCGCUUCUGGAACACGCUGACGGGGCAGCCCCUGCAGUGCAUCGACACCGGCUCCCAGGUGUGCAACCUGGCCUGGUCCAAACACGCCAACGAGCUGGUUAGCACCCACGGAUACUCCCAGAACCAGAUCCUCGUCUGGAAAUACCCCUCGCUAACUCAAGUAGCAAAGCUCACAGGGCACUCUUAUCGAGUCCUGUACCUGGCAAUGUCCCCUGAUGGGGAGGCCAUUGUCACAGGAGCUGGAGACGAAACCUUACGCUUCUGGAACGUCUUCAGUAAAACUCGCUCGACAAAGGAGUCUGUAUCUGUGCUCAACCUCUUCACCAGGAUACGAUAAACCCCCUCCCUGUGCCCCAGGAACCUACAGCCUGACAUUCCAGGAUCAGACCACUCCCUCGGCGUGCAUGGACCUCCGGAGCCCAGCCAAGGGGAGGGAGAGCUGUGGGACUGCAGGAGGACCCAGCUCAUUAAAUAUGUGCUUGUGACCCACAGGGCUGGGCAGUAUUUGGGAUGGGGUGGGGAGGGGAGGGAACUGCCAAAGGUUAUUGGAUUCAUCCUUCAUAAAGGGAAACGGGUACAAGAGCAAUGUUAACCCUGCAUCCUCCUCCCGUCGGGAUGGUGCUGGGGAGGACUCGUGUGACAUGGACCAUUGAGACUGGACCGAGGCCAUCCCACUGCCAUGGUGUGCCUCCUGCGAGAGAGGAGCAUAUCCUUGCUGCUGUGGGAAGGGGUUUGACGUGCUGCCCUGUGUCCCAGAGUGCCAUCUCUGGAGGCAGGAGCCAGCCAGGCUGCUCCGGUACAGCUGGUGCGAGGGGCACAGCUCCAGGCUGGGCAUCUAAGGGCUUUGUUCAUAGCCUGGUAUCCCCAUUCCAGGAAGAAACUGGAGAACUGCCUAUUUUCCUUUUUUUUCUUUAUUUUUCCCCCCAGACAGGUACUGUAGUACUUGACAUGAUCAUUCCAUAAGACAGCUUGAUUUUUUGGGCAUGCUUGACAGCUGCCUCCGAACAAAUACACUUUGUGGCUCUAGACUUUGGAGGAGACUUGAAAAAACUUCACCUCUAAGGGAGCAGAUUCGUGAAGUUCUGCAGUUGCUGUUUCAUCUUCUGGGCUGAUCCUGGGAGUUACCAGAGAGCAGAAGCAAGGACUUUAUAAAAAAAGAAACCCACCCAACCACCUGUGCAUGUGGAGCUUCCUUUGGUGCUGCUGUGUGGGUGCCUUGCUCUGGAGUCUCCAUGAGGCCAAAAGCAGUUGGGAUGUGUUUGAGAAAAAAAAUAAAUCCUAAAGAUCUGAUUUUUGGGGUGAGCAGGGCCUCUUCUGGCUGGAAGAGGGGUUCUCCUGAAGCAGGGCUGCAGCGUUGCUUUUUUGUUAUCUCCAAGUCCCACACAGGGCCCUGCUGUUGAGUUUUGGUGUGUGGUUUGGGGUUUUUAGGUUGUGUGGGACGAGAGUUCUGGCUGGUGUUGGAGCCCAUGGGGUGUAUCACAAAUGCUCUGUGUGUGUGUGUGUGUGUGUGUGUGUGUGUGGUGCUUUUAAUUUAAGAGAAGCUGUCAGGCUGCACAGCCUGUUCCAUCUGACCUGUGCCUGUGCCUGCCUUGCCCAGCCCCUGCCUGCCUCCUUGCCCUCUCUGAGUGUUGCUUCCUGUUCCCAUGUGGAAUUCUCUGGCUGUGUAUAUAGACUUGUCUUCUCCCUGUAGAUUGCAUAGGUAAUGCUUUCCCUUUCUUUUUUUUUUUUUCCUUUGUUGUUUUGUCUGCUCUCCCUUCUUUCCCUAAAACCAGGUGGUAGGAAUAUGAUUGCCUGUCCCCAGUCCCACCAGUAUCCUUAGGGUGUGCCCAGGUGUGAGAAGGCCAGUGCAGCCUGGACCACGUGUGCCACCAUGCCCAUGCCUGAUCAGGCUGCUGGUGCUGUGCCUGUGUCACACACACUGGCAGUCACUGGUGAGGAGCUGGUGCUGGGAUCAGGCUGCUGGUGCUGUGCCUGUGUCACACACACUGGCAGUCACUGGUGAGGAGCUGGUGCUGGGAUCAGGCUGCUGGUGCUGUGCCUGUGUCACACACACUGGCAGUCACUGGUGAGGAGCUGGUGCUGGGAUCAGGCUGCUGGUGCUGUGCCUGUGUCACACACACUGGCAGUCACUGGUGAGGAGCUGGUGCUGGGAGCCCCCUGCCAGCUCCGAGUCUGCCAGGCCCACAGGCCACUUUGUCAUCUCACAGUCUCACUUGCCACCAAAAUGAAAUUACCAUGGAGUUUCUGAAACACUGUUUAAGUGCAACUGCUUUAGUGUAGCUCUGGCCAUGGGAUGUGAGGCGUGGUUUGAAGUCACCCCCAGGCCUGUCUUGUGUUGUUUGUUCCACUUGUGGGCUCUGUUCCACAUCACUGUGGGUUGGGAGCACCCCAAAGCACCCAGGAGGUGUUAAAUUGAGUUGGAUCAUUCAGUUGAGGAAUGGGUUUGAAGUAAAGGGCCAUCUGCAGGAAGAGAUGCUCUGUUGUGGGUGUCAUCACCUGGGGAAAGGGCCAUUCAGGGGGGCUGGGGAGCCUGGUGGCUGUGCUGUGGAUUUUCCUGUUGUGGAUUGCCUAAAUAGCACUGUGCAGACCCCCAGGACACACUGCUUUCUCCUCUGGCAGGGUGGAGGUGCUUGGGCUGGGGGCGCACAGGAGGGCUCAGCCCAUUCUGGAGUAGGAGGGAGCAGGGCACCCAGCUGGGGUGUAUGGUGAGUGUGGUGAUGUUUGGGUUCCCCAGCACCCUGGGACUCCACAGGAGUGGAAUCGCCUCUCCCCCUGUGAUGGGGGAACUUCCUCAAGGAGUCCCAGAAGAUGCUGGGGGGAGUGGCAGUGCUGUGGGGUGGGCAGUGCCAGGGGGGAACUGCAGGCACUGCCCAGUGCUCCCAGCUGCACAGCAGGGGUAGCUCCUCAUUGCUCUGUCCCCCACCAUUGUCCCUUCUUGCCAAGGACUUUCCCAAACUGCAUCUUGUGUCUACAUCUCGCUUUUCUAUCUGCCUUGGGAGAAGGUUGGCUCGUGUACUGCACUUGGCAGGGGGGCUGGUGCUUGCCAGGCCAGGGUUAGUGGUUGCCAGGCCAGGGCUGUUGUGUGGCCACACGUGUUGGUGACAGAGCAUGGCAGGAACAGGCUGCUCACCCUGACCUCGCUGUCAGCCCGGUACCGCCACCUUCUCUGCCUUGCUGCCAGGCAGGGGCUCCCAGUUGUAUCCGUGUGCAGGUGGGUUUGUGCAAGUGUCUCAGGGUGUUACUGUCACUGUCACCUGCUGCUCAAGAGAGAAAAGGGCAGAGCCGAGGUGAUGUGUCAGUGUGUGUGACCCGUGGGCACUGGCUCGAGCACAGGGUCCUCCCAGAGCUGGGUGACAGCAUCGUUGUAUCCCAGGUGUCAUGUGAUGGAAAACAAACAUGGAGCACGCUGUAACUUUUUCAUGUAAAGCAAUUGAACUGUCAUUAAACAGGUUAUGAAUUUA